AUGAAGCCAAAACUGGCUGUUCAUUGGGUGAUCAUCGCUCUACAGAUAGCAGAUGUUCUUGCAACGGAAAGCGUCACCCUAAGUGAUUGGCAGAAGCAUGCAGGUGUCGACGCAAAACUAGGUCCGGAUGGCUGGCAAUCAUCUCCUAGCUAUGAUGCAGAACGCGAUACAGACAAAUGUCCGAUUAAAAGAGGACAACACGGAGACAAGUGUCUGUAUGAUUAUGCGCAAGUGCCACCUCCAGGAGAUAAAGAAUGGAACAACCCACCAGACCUUAACAUCAUUAAUAUGCAACGCGAUUCUCUGCUUUGUGAUGCACCAGUCAAAUGCUACCAAUAUUUAGAUUUCACAUAUUUCCAGGCCUUUUUGGACAUGCCUCAGAACUGUACUAUACAGCAUUUCACCGUCGAUUUUGAUGGUAUGGAUGAUGGAUCGCGAGUUGAAGUCAACGGUGUCGUAGAUCCAGAUAGCUACGUUUACUUGAAUGAAAAAGGCACUGCUAAUCUAAAGCAACUAAUUGUACCCGGUCAGAAGAAUCGAAUUGUUAUUUCACAAGGGGAUGACUGCUGUAAAUUCAAUAAUCUCAAAAGCGCAGUUGUCACGUUAAAGUCGAGCUGUGAAACAAUGAAUUGCACAAGUGUGCCAGAUAUCUGUAACGAUUUUCCGACCUGGAUCAAACGUCCCCACUUCGAUACAAUUGUCUGUUCGGGAGGAUCAUGCAAUGUGAAAACUUGCUGUAUGCCAGCAACGUCAUGCAGGGAAGAGAACGUUGCCGUCAAUUGUGCCCCGGAUUUCGAGAACAGUUAUAAAUGUGAUCCCGAUGAGACUUCUCCCAAUUCAUGCGCAAGCGUUUGCUGUAUACCUGUGCCGUCGGUCUCUCCGACGCCUUCUACAACUGGCAGUCCAUCACACUCCGCAUCUGCAAGUCAGUCUCUAUUAGGGAGUCCAUCCCCAACUAUAUCAGAAAGUUCAAAUCCGUCAGCUUCCCCAUCAAUGUUGCAGACACCUUCACACUCCGGCACGCCAUCGUCGUCCAUGAAACCAUCACCUUCUUCUUCACCCAUCAAUUCCGUGGAACAGUCUCCUUCCACAACACCAAAAAUUUCGAAGAUCCCUAACGAAAACGCCGUCCAGCACAAUGGAACCUACCACGUCAACAACACCGUCCAGCACAAUAGAACCUUUUCCAUCGAGGACACCGUCCAGCACAAUGGAACCUUCGCCAUCCAGAACACCAUCCAGCACAAUGGAACCUUCUCCAUCCAGAACAACGUCCAGUACUAUGGAACCUUCGCCAUCGAGAACACCGUCCAGCACAAUGGAACCUUCCACGUCAACAACACCGUCCAGCACAAUAGAACCUUUUCCAUUGAGGACACCGUCCAGCACAAUAGAACCUUCUCCAUCGAGCACACCGUCCAGAACUAUGGAACCUUCGUCAUCCAGAACACCAUCCAGCACAAUGGAACCUUCUCCAUCCAGAACACCGUCCAGCACUAUGGAACUUUCGCCAUCGAGAACACC